UGCACGUAGUAGCCUCGUGCUCAGAGUGCUGGAAUAGUUAUCAAGAAGACGAGUAACUAGAGAGAACAAUCUUCUGACACUUAGCGUUAAGUUACUUACAGUUAAACGAAACUUCUGAUAAUUUGAUAUUAAUACAUAAUGUAACCAACAUUCUUCUCUGAAGUGAUGUUGGUCAACAUUAAAUAUAAAUAUUGAACUACAGUAAAACAUCACCAACAUUGUAGCAGUUCUUCCUUUACUUUUAGUACUGUGUUUAUUAAAGAUGAAGAGACAUGAAAUUUACCAAAUGAUGAUCAGUAUCAAACCUAUGAUGAUUCUUCUUCUGGUUCAUCAGACCUGUCAGAUAGAGACGAACUUCGACCAAUGUAAACUGACAUCAGUAUCAACUGUACUGGAUUCAAUCAAUUUACUUCUUACACAAGCUAAACAGCAAAUACACAGCGAUGAGCUGGAAUGUCUUCCAACCUCUCCUGGACCAACAGACUGUACAGAUGUUUUACUUAAUGGACACCGUACUAGUGGAGUGUACCGUAUCUGGCCAAAGUCAUGGAUGUUUACAGGAAGUAUUGAUGUUUAUUGUGAUAUGGACACUGAUGGAGGAGGCUGGACAGUGAUCCAGAGACGAGGGGAUUAUGGAAACCCCACAGAUUACUUCUACAAAUCAUGGCAAGAAUACAAAAUGGGGUUUGGAGACAUAGAGAAAGAUUUUUGGCUGGGAAAUUACUGGAUUUUUACUUUAACGAACCAAGGAACUUAUUCAAUCAGAUUUGAUCUGAGAGGCAAA